AGCGGCUGCGCCGUGACGUCACGCGGCUGGGACCCCGGCGCUGCUGCUGCGGUGUGCUCGCUAGAGGGGAUUAGGCUCCCGCACCAUGGACACGGGGUAAGAGUCCGCCCGAGGAGCGGGGCUGCCGGCGGCUGUGGAGACUCAUGAAGCUGCGGGAUCCGGCGCCUGGGGAGACGUGAGCAGGCAGGUGCCAUGCCAGCUCCUGAGCAGACCCCCAUGAUGGAGGAGGGGCUGUCAAAAGCCCCCCAGGAGAAUCCCCCCACCACAGGCAUGGAGCCAGAGUCCACGGCCACCAACAUUUUGGCAUCGGUAAAAGAGCAGGAGCUGCAAUUUGAACGGCUCACCAGAGAGCUCGAGGUGGAAAGACAAAUUGUCGCCAAUCAGCUAGAAAGAUGCAGACUGGGAGCGGAGUCGCCAAGCAUCGCCAGCGUAAGCUCUACCGAGAAAUCAUUUCCUUGGAGAUCAGCAGAUGCAUCAUCCGGAGGUCCCCCUAAGCAGAGACUGUCUGACUCUACUCAUCCCAACCACUUCCUCAUCAGAUCUGACCCAGAACCUGUGACCAUGUAUUCCCCGGAGCAGACGUCACUUCAUGAAAGUGAGGGAUCUUUAGGCAACUCUCGAAGCUCAACGCAGAUGAACUCGUACUCUGACAGCGGUUACCAGGAAGCCGGGACUUUUCACAACCACAAUGUGGGUAAACCUGAACUUCGGCAGCAGCACUCGUUCUCAGGAUCUACCAAUAACCACCUGGCGAGGGCCACAAGGGCUGAAGGCCAAGCCUUGGUCCAGCCAUCAAAUCCUAUGGCGGCCAACAAGGCAGUUCGGCGUGUUAGCUCCGUUCCCUCAAGAUCACAGUCUCCGUCUUAUGUCAUUGGAUCUGGAGUUUCUCCAUCUCGAGGGUCCCUGAGAACGUCACUUGGUAGUGGCUAUGGCUCCCCAUCCAUUACGGAUUCACGACCGCUUCCCACUUCCACCACGUACUCUUCUACAACGUUGCCUUCUCAGAGAGCAGCUUCUCCUUACACAAUACGGAGGUCCAACUCUCCAACAGGUGUUCGAAGGAUUGGUUCACUCACUUCAAGACAAAACUCCAACCCUAACAGCAUGACCUCAACCUACCAAACAUUAGGUACUUCAGCUAGAGUUGGUUCCCCAUUAACUGUAUCUGAAACCCAAAAUAGAGUUGGCACAUCCUCCCAAGCUCCUGUAGGAUCCUCCUCUUCUCCGAAGCGAGCUGGAAUGACUGCAGUUCCACAGCAUAUGGGAACAUUACAAAGGAACUUGCAUGACAUUGACCAAUAUGGUCUCCAGCCGUUUGACAUUUAUGAAAGAAUGGUUCCACCAAGACCAGACAGCCUAACAGGUUUAAGAAGCUCUUAUGCAAGUCAGCAUAGCCAGUUAGGCCAGGACCUGCGUUCUGCUGUAUCCCCCGACCUGCAGAUUACCCCUAUAUACGAGGGGAGAACCUACUACAGUCCAGUCUAUCGGAACGCCAACCACGGAACCAUUGAGCUGCGCCAAGGAUCACAGACUGCGGUUUACCGUACCGGCUCAGCUACCUAUGCUGAGCCAUACCGAUCAAUGCCGUUCCGGGUGUCUGAAGGCAGCUAUAACCGGAUGCCGCACGCUGCGCCCGCGGAUGAUGGAACCACAAGGUCCCCCUCCAUUGACAGCAUACAGAAGGAUCCCAGGGAGUUUGCUUGGCGUGACCCCGAACUACCUGAGGUCAUCCAUAUGCUUCAGCAUCACUUCCCUUCAGUGCAAGCAAAUGCGGCCGCCUACCUGCAACAUCUCUGCUUUGGGGACCAUAAGAUCAAAAUCGAGGUGUGUCGACUUGGAGGAAUAAAGCACCUAGUUGAUCUUCUGGAUCACAAGGUACUGGAGGUUCAGAAAAAUGCAUGUGGCGCCUUGAGAAAUCUCGUAUACGGCAAGUCUACUGACGAAAACAAGAUUGCGGUGAAGAACACAGGCGGGAUCCCUGCCCUCCUUAGACUACUGAGAAAAACCAAUGACCAAGAAAUAAGAGAACUUGUAACCGGGGUCCUGUGGAACUUAUCAUCCUGCGACGCCGUAAAGAUGACGAUUAUCCGCGAGGCUCUGUCGCCGCUCACAAACACUGUGAUCGUUCCACACUCCGGACUGAAUAAUUCCUCCUUCGACGACGAUCACAAAAUGAAAUUCCAGUCCUCGUCGGUUCUCCGCAAUACCACUGGCUGCAUGAGAAACCUGAGUUCAGCGGGGGAAGAAGCACGCAAGCAGAUGAGAUACUGUGAAGGCUUGGUCGACUCCCUCCUCUUCGUGAUUCAAACCUGCGUGAACACGUCAGAUUUUGACAGCAAGACAGUGGAGAAUUGUGUCUGCACCUUGAGGAACCUUUCUUACCGGCUCGAAUUGGAAGUGCCUCAAGCUCGAUUGCUGGGAAUUAAUGAAAUGGAAGACUUCUGCAAGGAAUCCCCCAGCAAGGACUCCGACUCAAGCUGUUGGGGUAAAAAAAAGAAAAAGAAGAAAAGGCCACCCCAAGAAGACCUGUGGGACGGUGUGGGACCCAUUCCAGGAAUAUCCCAAUCCCCAAAGGGAGUUGAAAUGCUCUGGCACCCUUCUGUAGUUAAGCCAUAUCUGACUCUCCUAGCUGAAAGUUCGAAUCCUGCGACAUUAGAAGGUUCGGCCGGGUCUCUCCAGAAUCUCUCUGCUGGGAACUGGAAGUUUGCCGCCUAUAUUAGAGCAGCAGUCAGGAAAGAGAAAGGGCUGCCCAUCCUGGUGGAGCUGCUGAGGAUGGAUAACGACAGAGUGGUGUCUUCAGUGGCCACGGCUUUGAGGAACAUGGCGUUAGAUGUUCGGAACAAGGAGCUCAUCGGCAAGUAUGCAAUGCGGGACCUGGUCAAUCGGCUCCCAGGAGGCAACGGCCCCAACGUUUUAUCGGACGACACCAUAGCGGCAAUCUGCUGUGCCUUGCAUGAGGUCACCAGUAGGAAUAUGGAGAAUGCCAAGGCGCUGGCCGACACGGGAGGGAUAGAGAAGCUGGUGAAUAUCACAAAGGGGAAAGGAGACAGGUCUUCAUUGAAGGUGGUGAAAGCUGCUGCACAAGUACUAAACACACUAUGGCAAUACCGAGAUCUCCGCAGCAUCUACAAGAAGGAUGGUUGGAAUCAGUCUCAUUUUAUAACUCCAGUCUCAACAUUAGAACGUGAUCGAUUCAAAUCCCAUCCAUCGUUAUCAACCACUAAUCAGCAAAUGUCACCCAUGAUCCAGUCAGUGGGCAGCACGUCGUCGUCACCAGCACUGUUAGGAAUCCGGGAGCCAAAUUCUGGAUACGAGAGAACACAGUCCUCUAUGCAAUACUACAACAGCCAGGGGGAAUCCUUGAUUCACAAGGAUAUGUAUAGCGGGUCCAGCAAAGCGUCUCCUAUCUACAUCAGUUCCUAUUCGUCACCAGCACGGGAGCAGAACAGGAGGCAGCAGCAGACUCACCAGCUAUAUUAUAGCCCCGAAGAUCCCAAUAGGAAAAACUAUGACUCCUACCGGCUGUAUCUGCAGUCUCCACACAGCUAUGAAGACCCGUAUUUCGACGAGCGCGUCCAGUUCACGUCAACGACCGAUCAGAACGCGCAAUACGGACUUAAAUCAACCACAAACUAUGUUGACUUUUACUCCACUCGGAGACCUUCCUAUAGAUCGGAACAGUAUCCAGGGUCUCCGGAUUCCUGGGUGUAACCCCGGGGAGGUCGCUCCAUGGACUCAGUACUAAGUAAUCAUGCUUGACUUGAUUUUUUUGAAUGGCCUUAUUUGCUGUUUUUUUUACGGUUGGAAACGGAAAGUGAAAUAAAAAAAAGAAGGACCAUGUUGGACGUGGUAAUUUUAUUUCAGAAGGUUAAGCCUGGACGAGACGAAAUGAAGCAAGAAGGGUGGUUAUUUUUUUGUUUGUUUUUUUAUAUAUGAAUUAUUUUUUACCUUUUUUUUUUUUUUUUUUUUUUGCUGUUUUGGUUGUAGCUCUUGCUGCUUGUAGUUCUGUAGUCUGGUGAUGGUGCAAGCUAUGUGAGGGAAGGUAUGCGAUUGAUGAUGGGGGAAAAUGUCUAUGGUCAAAUCAAAUCUUGAUAUUUUUUUUAAUGUGAAUAAAGUCUCAUUCCGAUUUAGUUUGUACAGAAAUACGGAUCCAAUGAAUGCUUCUUUGUUUUACUGUUACUCAAUGUCGACCUUGUAUGCUAUCCUGUCGUGUAAAUUUUUCUCUCUCACCGGUGUAAAUACAGCAGUGCUUUGCCAGUCGCGGGUGCCAUCAUUUGUAUUGCAGUGUAUCACUUGGAAUCACUGAAAAUCCCAGAGAUGUAAAUCACCAUAUUAAACGCUAACAUUUUUACACAUAGACUCAUUUAAGAAUAGAAGAUAAUCGCUGCGUUUUGUCCAUUUCCUGCUCUUUCAUAAGUCUCACUGCCAUUUUCUAUGCACAUGGAAGAUGAAAUAAAUGUGGACGUGUCAUCCACGGAAAAUCA